CUCCUGUGGGGGGGGGGGGUCAAUGCCUGGCCUUGGCCCGGAGGCUGAUGGCCCGGGUACAUGGCCAGCAGGUUUUAGAUGGAAGGCAGAUCCCGGCCACUUCUGAGCCUUGGGUUCCUGGGAGAGGCCGGUGGUGGAGGAAGGAGCCACAGCUUCUUCCCCUUUCUUCUCUUCUUCCAGCCUCUCUGGGGGACGUUUCCAAACCCUUUGUGGACUUCACCAGCCCAGCUGAAGUCAACACCUACUUGGCCUUCAACGUCACCUCUGCGCUGUGCCUGACCGCGGCUGUCCUCAAGGCCUUCCCUGCACAACCUGGCCUGUGCCGGACGGUGGUCAACAUCUCCUCGCUCUGCGCCUUGCAGCCCUUCAAGACCUGGUCGCUCUACUGUACUGGGAAGGCGGCCCGCGACAUGAUGUUCCAAGUGCUGGCUGUGGAAGAGCCGGCUGUCAGGGUGCUCAACUAUGCACCAGGGCCCUUGGACACCGAGAUGCAAGAAGUGGCACGGACCAUGUCGGGAGACCAGUCUGUAAGGGAAAUGUUCCUGGACCUGAAACAGAAGGGGCAGCUGUUAGACUGCGAUGUAUCGGCCCAGAAGCUGCUCAGUCUCCUUCUCACAGACACGUUUGAGUCCGGUGCUCAUGUUGACUUCUAUGACCUCUGAGAACACCCUUCUUCUCUUGGGUUUUGCUCCCAAUAAUCUUCCCAUGCUCUUCUGUACUGCCCCCAAAGGUGGGAGGUCUUGUGCUCUUGAUUUCUUCAUGAUGCAAUGCUAACUGUCUGCUGUACCACCCUGGGCAAAAUCAUGUUGCUUAGCAUAGGACCCAUGUAGCGCAAUGGUUAAACUGCAGUACUGCUGUUGAGACUCUGCUCCUGACCUAAAUUCAAUCCUGAACUCAUUGGCUCAUUAGGGCAGAGGAAGCAAGGUGUCACCAGAAUAACUAAAUUGUAACCCACCCAGAGAGCUUAGGUUGAUAUGGGAAGGUAUAUAAGCAGCUCACUUUGCCUUGCAUACUGAAUCAUGCAAGAGUAAACCCACUGAACCAAUGAGGAUUUGGUGAGUCAACUUUUCUGUAAGUUCUAUUGAUUUAAAUGAGCCUACUCUUAACUGUGACUGACUUUA